CGCGCCGACAACAGGUGGACGCGGAGAGGGCCCAGCGCGCCCGGGUCCUCCACGCCCCUCCUUCUGCCGCGAGUCCCCGUCCUGGCCACCCUAUGGACUCUCGGGGCGGACCUCAUGGUUCGCCCGGCUUCGCGAUCCGGCUGACAUGAAUGGAUAGGCAAGACACACCUUCUACCCUUCUGGGAAAAAGAAAACAAACAAAAAACCCCAAACCUGCCACCGCCCGCACCCACGCUGCGAGCGGGAGAGACCCCAUCUCGAGAAGCGCACCCCCGCUCUGCCAGCCCCACUCCGCCCACCCCCUCCAAAACCGCCCCCGGCCGAUAAAUAACGCCGUUCCCGCCCUCCCCGCGCCCUCCUCCGGCGCGCUCAGCCCUGCGGGAGACGGCGGCCCAGCGCGGCUCGGGGUCCGGGCGUGCGGCAGCCUGGGCGCCGCGCGAUGCUGCCCAGCGCCGUGGCGACCCAUGCCGGCGCCUACUGGGACGCGGUGGCGCCCUCGGCGCUCCUCAGCCUUCCCGCGGCGCCGGGCGUGGGCCACCUGGGCAGGAGUUUUCUGAUUGAGAACUUGCUGCGCGCAGGCGGCGCUCCGAUGCUCGGACAGCCGCCUCCACCGCCCCACGGCGCGGGCGCUCCCCGGGCCCUGCCCGCCAGCCCGGUCCCGCUGAAGCUGUGCCCCGCCGGGGCGCCCUACGGCCCGCGCUGGGCCUUUCCGGGGCUCAGCCCCUCCGCGGACGGCGCGAGGCUGCCGGGCCGGGCUCCGGAGGACCGAGACGGCGCCCUCCAGCCUCCAGCGCCAGUGCCUUCGAAGCCCUUCGUCAUGAGUGCCCCUGCCUUCUUCUCCACGUGCUGCGGUGGGUCCUGUCGACGCCCUGUGCCCCCCGCCGCUUUUCCAAGAGAGGAGAGUGUACUGCCGCUCCUGACGCAGGAAACCAGCUCCAAAGCCCGCAGGGGCAUCCUGCGAAGAGCUGUCUUCUCUGAGGACCAGAGGAAGGUGCUGGAGAAGAUGUUCCAGAAGCAGAAAUACAUCAGCAAAGCUGACCGGAGGAAGCUGGCUGCCACCUUGGGGCUGAAGGAGUCGCAGGUGAAAAUUUGGUUUCAGAACAGAAGAAUGAAGUGGCGGAAUUCCAAAGAGAAGGAGGUGCUCUCCACCAGAUGUGUGCAGGACGCUGGACUUCGGGAGGACAGCCUGGUACCACCCACACUGGCUUUCCCGACUCCGUGUACCCCGCUGUGGGGCCGCCCCCAGCAGUGCUCCCCCCAGGCUGCCAAGAGACUGCUUGGGGAGCACAUAGGGGCGCCCCCGCAGGACGCAAGUUCCCUGCGCAACACGGCAUGCUUGUGUGUACAGGACAAGGCUGGACACGAGGGUGCUCUGGCUGGGGUCAUCUGA